AUGCAGAUCUCUCAUAAGCUUCAUGAUAAGCAAAGCUAUUCUAGUUCAUAUUUGACUCAGUUCCGUUAUGUUUUGUGGAGAGAUUGGUUGUCUAUCAUUCGAGAUCCUAUUUUGGCAAAACUCAGAUUUUCCCUGACCAUAAUUGUUGCUAUUUUUUAUGGUUUGGUAUAUCUGCAACUGAAUCGAGAUGAAUCAGCAGUACAGAACGUUGGUGGGGCACUGGCAUUUGCCCUUACACAGCAAUCUAUUUUUCACAUGAUGUGCACAUUGCAGAACAUAACUGCGGAGAUGCCAGUUUUUCGUCAGGAACACCGAUCUCAUCUAUACACAACACCAGUCUAUGUCAUUGCUAAAAGUUUGGCUGAUGUAAUAAGCAUGCAUAUUAAACGGGUGAGUGUCAUGAGACAAUGUACUUUAAUUCUAUCAUUCUGA